AUGGCAAUUGCAGUUAAAUAUUUUUCGGACUCUUCGAAUAGUGUUGAAACAAAUUUUUUGUGCUUAAUAGAUAUUGAAGUGGAAACAGCACAACAUCUGUUUGAAGCUAUCAAUAGUGCUCUUAAAGAUCGGGGCUUAAACUUACAGAAUGUCAUUGGUUUUGCACCAGAUACGACCAUCGUUAUGUUUGGAGAUUAUCCUGUGGCUCAUAGGUUAUAUAAAGACAUUUCUGGUAUGUUUACGUCAAUUCUAAGUUGCUACAUGAAAAAGAAUUAUGUGAAAGAAUCACCACUUUAUGAUUUAGACCCAAGGGCGGGCGCCUAUGUAUUUUUACCCAAAAAACAAAUGUAUUUAGGCAUUAACGUCGCCAAACAAUUAAAUAACGUAACAGACCACAUUCAUAAAGAUGGUAUAAUAGAUUUUCUUAAUAGAUCUCAACAAUUUUUAAUCGAGUUAUGUGAUCAAAUUAAAACACGACUGCCGUUAGAAAAUACCUUAUUUAAAGAAUUAGCAUUUUUAGAUCCCCAAGAAGUAGUUUAUUCCGAGUAUGUUAGUUUAACCCCUCUUUUGACAAAAUUUCCAAAUUUAGUUCCUGAAGGUAUGGAACAAAUUAUCGAUAACGAAUUUCGUAAUCUACAUUUAGACCCAAAUGUUGCUGAUUUGCUUGCACGUAGCACGAUAUCUCCAAACGUACCAAACGUAGAAACAUUUUGGGUCAAUAUUGGCAAAAUUUGA